ACAGUGGAUAUUUUCUGGACAAGUGGAUCUGGCACGGGACAGACAGUCCUGCGAUCUUGUACGACUAGAGAUUGUUUAUUUUGUUUUGGUUACUGCGUGAAGGCAUUGACUUCCUCGAUCCGUGGCUCUAGACUCCCGACCGACUCGGGAGUGACGCCCCACCCGGCUAAACACCACGGUCUACGAAGUAUACUCUACGCGGUAGUACUCCAGAGCAAUCCUCGAGGAUGACCGGCCUGCAACCGAGGAAAAGGUCAUCUGUUAGCAUGUCCCUAGCUUCCCUCCUGAUUGGCGCAUUCAAAUCUACGAGAUGUCAGGGCCGAAGUGUCGUGCAGCGAUUCACGUUCGGCCCAAGUUCCACCAGGCUGAAUCCCCAGCCACCCCGCGCAUCCCAGCCUCCUCAUCGUCACUUUUUUUUUCUCUCAUCCCCCUCGUUGUUUAAAUUCUUCGCUCUAGCUGCAGGUCUGCGCGUGGCUAUCUAUCCCCCUUUUCCACCUUCUUUGUGGUCCACUCCUCCCUCGUGCAGCAUUCUGAGCUGGCCUGCAUCCGAUCAGCAGCGACAAAGUUCCAGGCUCCGGUCUCUCAAUCUGCCGACACUCGUCGUUCCUUGCCUCUCUUCUUUCCUUUCACCUCCUGCUGGGCAUGACGUUGCAGCCAUCCAGUAUCUCUCUGAUCUGUGAUUCGCGAUCUUAUCAUCCCUCAACCGACAUUCCGGAGUUUAUCUAGCCUGGUAUCGAUUCGCGACCCGCCAAAAUGAUUGGCAGUCUAUUUUU